UCCGGCUGCCUCUUAGCAACGCGGAGUCAAGUGACACAACCAGCUGAUUCCAGCCCAGGAAGACGCUGUGGCUGGGGCUAUCGCAGCCACGCUUGCCGGGCCGGGGACCCGAGUCGCAUAGUCAUCGUCAGAAUGUCGGGCAAAGACCGAAUCGAAAUCUUUCCCUCACGAAUGGCACAGACCAUCAUGAAGGCUCGGUUAAAAGGAGCACAGACAGGUCGAAACCUCCUGAAGAAAAAAUCUGAUGCCUUAACUCUUCGAUUUCGACAGAUCCUAAAGAAGAUAAUAGAGACUAAAAUGUUGAUGGGUGAAGUGAUGAGAGAAGCUGCCUUUUCACUUGCUGAGGCCAAGUUCACAGCCGGGGACUUUAGCACCACAGUUAUCCAAAAUGUAAAUAAAGCCCAGGUGAAGAUUCGAGCAAAGAAAGAUAACGUAGCAGGUGUUACUUUGCCAGUAUUUGAACAUUACCAAGAGGGAACUGACAGUUAUGAACUAACUGGUUUAGCCAGAGGUGGGGAACAACUAGCUAAACUAAAGAGGAAUUAUGCCAAAGCAGUGGAACUACUGGUGGAACUAGCUUCGCUGCAGACUUCCUUUGUUACUUUGGAUGAAGCUAUUAAGAUAACCAACAGGCGUGUAAACGCCAUUGAACAUGUCAUCAUCCCCCGGAUUGAACGUACCCUUGCCUAUAUCAUCACAGAGCUGGAUGAGAGAGAGCGAGAAGAGUUCUAUAGGUUAAAGAAAAUACAAGAGAAGAAAAAGAUUCUCAAGGAAAAAUGUGAGAAGGACUUGGAGCAACGGAGGGCAGCUGGAGAGGUGAUGGAGCCUGCUAAUCUUCUGGCUGAAGAGAAGGAUGAGGAUCUUCUGUUUGAAUAAUCUUUCCUGCUCUGGUUCUUUCAGAAGCCCUAACAUGGCACCAUUUUAAGUCACGAUGUGUAGGUUUUGUAUGUGUGGCUGUUUAUUUUUUUGGCCUAAGAAUUUCACUGGUUGUAAAAGUUUCCUGGAUGUCCAUUUAUGGGAUUCCCUUUGCAGAAUCAUAAUUCAGCAACCAUUUAUCACAGAAAAGAUUUGUAGAAUCUGUCCAGGAACUUAAAGAAUUUAUUCUGCAGAAGUGUCACCCUACUCUAUUUACAUCUGUUACAAAGGAUCUGCCUACCAAGCAUAUUAGGAAACAGCAGUGGUCUCAGGCCAACACACGGAGGGCAACUACUGCUGGAGCCCCUUUGUUCCUACCCACUUGCACACCUUAGCACUGUUGUCUGAGAUUCUGCAGCCAUCCUUGUGUUACUGUGGUACUUCUCUCCUCAAGCUUUAUGAAAACCUUCACUUAACUUUUCCUUGCAUGACAGGUGUCUGUCCUGUCUGUCUUGGGAGCAGUUCUGCCAAUUUAAAUGUGACUCUGGUAUAAACAGUAAAAUCAUUUAAAAAUGA